CAACGGAGGCGGCGCGGCGGCGACGGAGGGGGUGGGGGGGGCAGGCGCGGCUCCGCUCGCCACCGGGGCAUGCGCCCGCCCGGGGCCCCGCCAGCGGAGCCCGAGCCCGGGGCCCGGCCAGAACCCGCCGAGGAUGGAGCCGCUGCCCCGCGGCCCCGGCCGUGUCUCCUGGCCGCUGACCUGCCUGGUGCUGCUGUCCCUGCCCGGCUGGCCAGGUGUAGGUGCCCAGGUGAGUCGGGGCUUCAAGCUGCAGCAGCCCCAGGACAAGGUGUCGGUGGCAGCGGGGGAGACGCUCACCCUGACCUGCACCACAUCUGGAGACGCUCCCCCUGGCCCCGUGAAGUGGCUGAAGGGCUGGGGCAGUGGGAACCAGACCAUCUAUGACCAGACGAACCACCUCACCUAUGGGAUGAGGGCAGUGAAUGGGUCCAACACGGACUUCACCAUCCGCAUCAGGGAUGUUCAACCCGAGGAUGCCGCCACCUAUUACUGCGUGAAGUUCCGCAAAUCACUGGGCGGUGAUGAGGUGUAUCAGCAUGGAAAAGGCACGGAGGUGUCCGUACGUGCCAAACCCACCGCCCCAGUUGUGUCCGGGCCCGAAGACAGAGCAGGGCCGGGGCAAUUGGUGGCUUUCACCUGCACGGCCGGAGGGUUCUUCCCUGAAGACAUCGGUGUGAAAUGGCUCAAGGAUGGGGUCCGCAUCUCAGCUCAGCAGCCAACGAUCACCCCUGGGCAGAUGAAAUCCUCCUACAACAUGGUCAGCACCGUGACGAUGCCACUGGGGGUGAACGACGUCCGCUCACAGGUCGUCUGCGAGGUGCGGCACCCCACGCUGACGGCCCCGCUGAGGGAGACGUACCAGCUCAGGCAAGCCCUGCGAGUUUCCCCCAGCAUCCAGGUGGACGCUGACCCGCCGAGCCCUGUUGGGGUGAACAAGACCGUGAAAUUCACCUGCCACGUGAAGGGGUUUUACCCCAGGGACGUGGCCGUCACCUGGCUGGAGAACGGGACGGAGAUGAACAUGGAGAACGUCUCCCAGCCAGUGGAGACGCCCCAGGGCUUGUUCAAGCUGAGUAGCCUGGUGGAGGUCAAAGCGAUGGAGGAGAAGAACGGGUCCGUGUUCACCUGCCGUGUGGUGCACGAUGCCCAGGAGCCCGUCGACAGGACGGCCACCCUGUGGAUCACUGCCACGUCCAAGUCGGAAACGACAGACUCAUCCCAGACAGUUAAUGGUGGUUUUCUGAUGAUCUACAUCGUGGUGGGAGUGGUCUGCGCUGUGCUGGCACUACUGGUGGCUGCAAUUCUUUACCUUAUCCGGGUGAAGCAGAGCAAGGGUAAAAGCUCGCCAUCUGCUAGGUUACAUGAGCCGGAGAAGAGCAGCGAGGCCACCACCCAGGAAUCUGACCCCAACAACCUGACCUACGCGGACCUCAACUUCGACAGAGAGAAGAAGACCAUCCGCCGGAUGGUGGAGAUGAGCCAGCAGUCGGAGUACGCCUGCAUCCAGCCCAGCCGAGCGCCCAAUGGCGAUGACAACCUCACCUACGCCGACCUGGACAUGGUGCACCUCAGCAAGGCGCCCAAGCGGCCGGCCCCGCACCCUGAGGAGACCGGCUCCGAGUACGCCAGCGUCCAGAUCCCGAGGAAGUGAGCAGGGCUGCAGCGGCUGCCGGGACCCCCUGCCCCAUGGGGAGCUGCUCUGCUCCUCCCCGGGAGGAUUUUCUUGGAAACACUGGGCGUGAUGUGAAGACGUGCUGCGGUACUCGCAUUUUGGUGUGGAAAUGCAGCCCGCAAUACUGGUGGGGGUUUGCUCCCAUCCUCAGAGACCUGAUUUUUGGGGGCAGCUUGGUCCUGGGGCUGCCGGCUCCAUCCCUUUUGGGGCUCCAUCCCUGCCCCACAGCCACGGGGGGGGCCGCUCGGCCUCAGUGUGCCGGGUUUGCCUGCAAGGGGGUUGAGCCAGCGGAGCAGCGGCUCCUCGGGAAGCUCCAGCUGGGCUGAGGCCAUGGGGACAGUGUCUCCACACCCGCGGGGAUGCCACUGCCUGGACAGGUUUGUAUGGCUCCCCACAGCCCCCCUGACCCCGCAGGGACCGGCCGGGACCCCCGCGCUGCCUUCUGGGGCUCUCUGCCGUCGACGCCUGGAAAACAAACUCUGGCUUUAAAGGAAGGACCUGAGCGUCCGCCUCUCUCUUCCCAAGUGUCCCUUCUGCGGGACCUCGGUUCUCGCACCAAGGCCGAUGAGGCUGGGAAGGCCGGCGAGCUGAGCCCCCCUGCUGUGGGCUUCCCCCCGUCCUGCCGCCCAGGGAGGCUCCGGGUACGUCUCCCCGACAUGGAGCAUCCUCCUCCUCAUCUUCCUCUGCACAGCCUUGCCCCGCACCGGGACCCACCAGCGCUGCCCCAGGCUUGUACAAAGCGUGCAGCUCCGUAUCGGCCGGGCUGCGGGUGCCCCCACCAGCCCGGUUUUCCCCCCCUCCCCGGGAGCUCCCCGCAGGUACCGUGUAACAUGUUUUGACUGUUUGACAUGUAACUGUUAAUUUCUAGAGCUAAAACCCAAUGUUUUGUGUUGUACGUGGGUGUACUGCUGUGUACUUAACACUAGAAUAAGAUGUGCAAAAUUAAGACCGAGUUCUCAGUGAAGACCCCAAAACCCCAUGGACUCUAACAGGGACUUACAUCCCCCCCCCCCCCCCCCCAGCUCUGCUGUGGGGGCCAGGCAGGCUUCUCCCAGCCCACCCGUGGGGACAAGUGUCUUCCGUGUGCCCCGUCCUUGGACCCUGCGUUGGCUCCUGCAGCACCCAGGUGGCCUUGCAGCAGUGGGCACGCAUGGGGCUGGCCCCACGGCUGCUGGUGGGGGGCUGUGGUGGCGGGGGCUGGGGGGGGGGGCCUGGUGAUGCUUUGAGAACGAUGUGACUGCUUGUACAGACU